UGCCAUGGAUGUAACCUGCAAGUACUGGCCCUACCUCAACAAAGUGGCAAAAAGCUGCCCGGAGCUCCAGCACCUACUUAGCAUGAAACCAUUUCUCUCAGUGUUUCAUGCCAAAGCCCAUGAUUUUAAAUGCGAGGUUAAAUGGAGUGGAGCUUACCAGCAAGGGGCCGGAUUGACACUUGGGGAGGAGGUUGAGCAGUGUAACGCCUUCCUCUCUAGGAUUGCUGUGACCACGAAGCAUAUGCCCAAAGCAGGACGUAAAGACAUGCUUACACUGAUGGCCAUGCGCUGGAAUCAGCAAAAGUUUAAGAACUUGGCUACUUCACUUGCCUGCCGAUAUCAGAAGGCCACAAAACGCCUGGAGAGCCAACUUCAGGACCUGGAAAGCAUGAGAAUCCAGCUGGCAGUGACACAGGUUGAAGUUGAGGGCUGGGUCACUGAUAUUAAGGAGUGGGCAGAAGCAACAACAUCCCAAAAGAAUGCCGAUCUUGACGCGGUGACCAGUAGAAUGGAGGUGCUGGUGGCCAGCAUUAAAAGAAGGUCCCAGCGCCUUUACAAAGACACCGAUGGCAGCAAAGGUCGGGCCCGGAUUCGGCGCAAAAUCCGAGAGGAGAAGGCCAUUCUUAGCUCUGUUGUUGAAAAAUACAACAGUAUGGUUCCAGAUACAGAAAGAAUCGCCUUUGACAUCAUUCUCUCUGACGAGACAGUUUGGCCAUGGCAACUUUCACAUCGUGACGCUAUAGAUUUGAAAACCAAGAGGAAGGCGUUUGAUGUUGUGAUGGCAAUAAGGAGACUUGAGGAGGAGAAGAAGAUUGUUCUUUCUGAGAUGGCAAAGCAUUGGAAAUCUCUCUCCACUCGUGCAGACACACUCAAGGAGAUGUCAUGCCAGCUUUCCAGUGAGGCAUUGAAAAGUGAGCUGUGGGCUCUAAACGAAGAAGGGAUCAAGGGUUUCCUCAGCUUAACUUUGAGAAAAAAGCAAGAAGUCACCAGAAUGAUGAAGCAUGCAAGAGACUGUUAUGCUCAAGUUUUGACUGGAACAAGUAUGGACUUCCAGAAUGAUUGGGAUGGAUACGACAGUGAUUCUGAACUGUCAGACGACUGAGUUUGAGGAGCUCUCAAACCUAAAGGCCUGGCCCCCAUCUUGGGAACAUAGGAAUGACUGUGUCAUAGAAGAAGGUCUGCUAAAAUGACUGUUGUCACAUUGCUGGGUCCAAGAAGCAAAAAAAUGUGGCCAUGUGGACAACAAUAAAGUUCUACUGUUCUUCUAAUGUUGUAAAUAAAAAUGAUUUGUUUAUAAA